CACAACCGGCGUACCCAUCGACCCCAUCGCGUGCCCUUCAUCCUCCACCCGUCGCCAUGUCUCUCGCUGCAUCACGCGCCGUGCUGCGGCACUCGGCCUUCGCUGUCCGCCGUGCGGGCAUUCGCAAUGCCUCCUCGACCUCCGAAACCGCCGCCGCCGCGAAGGAUAAGGCCACCCAGGCCCAAUCGAAAGCAUCCGAGGGUCUCAGCAAAGUCACAUCGUCUGCUGGCUCUGCUCUCUCAAAAGCUGGAUCUGCUGCAUCGGGACUGUUGAAUACGCUGGCGAGUGCUGGCGGACGGACAGGAAGACUGGUUGGCCGGAUACAAUCCAUGAUUCCUUCUGCGGUGUACUACUCGAAGGUGGCCCUUGAGAUCAGCAAAUUUGUCGUAAAGGAGCGAAAAAUGAGCCCUCCUGACGUUGCUACCUUCCAGACCUACUUCACCAAGACCUUCAACCAGCUCCGCUCAGGGACCCUUUUCAGACAGGCCGAAAGCUCCAGCGUCCAGCCAACGACCGUGAUUGAUCGCGUGAGGAAUAUCUCCCGCGCACAGUGGGCAAGCGCUGGAGUUGUCGCUGCUGAGGUUCUUGGUUUCUUCUCGAUUGGAGAGAUGAUUGGUCGGUGGAAGAUUGUUGGUUACCGGUCGUAUGGUGAUGUUCACCAUUAGAUCAUGGCUACUUGAAGGGGCGGCACGGAAGACAGCGAUUAAUCAUGGGUCUAUUCAUUGGGCGAAGGGCAUACCGAUGAUGCUGUACGUUGUUGGGACCGAAAGGAAGGGAUAUGGCGAUUGGGUGCGCAGUGGCAACGCCAUACACUGUACUAUUGCACAUACAUGUGAUUUAGAUUUCCUUGACCUCGAUGCAACUAUUACCAUAUAGGCAAUGCAUCAAGACCAUGACAUCGAAUCUUGG